GAAAUUGCAACGUAUUACCAAGUCUUGAGGAAACAAGAAAAUCAUUAUCUUUUAUUCCGUUACUUAUCUCUCUAUUUAUUUCCCUUUCCUUUAGCAAAUUAAAUUCAAUCAUCUUUAAAUAAAUUAUCAAGGAGAAGAAAUAUAAUGGGGUUGAAAGAGAAGAAUGGUGGUAACAAAAUGAAUAAUGUUCAGACGUGGGUUAUUAUGGAAACCAAAAAUAGUAUUUCUGAUGAUUUUUCCCUUCAGUCAAAUUCGUUGGAAUUUUCUUCUUCUUCUUCUACUUCUUCGUUUGAGCUAGAUGAUGAUGCUUCGUCUCAUGGACCUUUGUAUGAGUUGUCUGAAUUAAUGGAUCAAUUACCUAUCAAGAGAGGAUUAUCAAAAUAUUAUCAAGGGAAUAGUCGAUCUUUUGGAUGUUUAGCAAGUGUGAAGAGCCUAGAGGAUCUUGCAAAGAAAGGGAAUUCUUAUAACCAGAGAAUGAAAUCAUUUAAGAGUUUUGGAGCAAAUGGCAAAAGAUCAUCAUUUCGUCCAAAAGCUACCAUUAAAAAGAAGUCCUACUCUUCAAAGAGACCUAUUUUAUCAAAUGCUCUUCAUGUGGCUAAUUGCACAUCUCCCAUUUCUUUGGAAAAGAAUUUUUAAUUUAUUAAAUUCUUAGAAAGCUUGUAGUAAAUCUUUUUUUUUUUAAGCUAGCAACAUGUGAAAUUGCAAAAGGAAAAUGGUUGACAUUUUCAGUAGAAAGAGAAACAAAUUUUGAGCAGAAAUGUUUGUUGAUUGCUGAGGGGUAUUAUUUAUUACUUUUA